GGAGCAGAGUUUGUUUUAUGUUUUUUCUCGCUAUUAGUGUCUUCUCUUUUGUGUCGAAUGUUUUCUUCUGGUUAAACAUUUCUCUCUGUGGAUGAGCACUUCCUCGUGAGAUGAAAACCUUCUUACAGGACUAGAAACUUCUGUUUUCAUUAAAACCUCCUCUUGGACAAUUACUUUGUCUUGGGACCAAAGCCUCUUGUUGAUUUGGUAUUUACUGCUUACCUCUACAAGAAAUCUAUAGAUCAUCAGAUCUAAAGUUACAUACACAGUUUUUGGUGCCUGACUUCGUUUCUCCGAAAUAUAUUGAUGAGAUGCAUUCGCGUUACACAGUACAUCCGUCCUUUCAUCAGCUUCGGGUCGAGGUCUGCCCCAUCCAAUAUGGCAGACGUACAGAAGCGUGACAACAGGGACACCUAGCGCAAAAAAAGGGAAUUGCUUCCAAGGUAAAGUGCGAUCACGUCAUCGAAGCCACGCCCUCUAUGUCAUCGUAAAAAAAAAAAAAAAUACGGAAGUGCCUCCGAACUUGUCAAGAACUGAAAGACAAGGUGACGUCUUCCAGAACGAAACUUCCAAAAAUGGCACUUUUGUGACUUUUUUUUGUUGUUGUUUUUUUUUUAUUAAAUAAAACUUUGAGCGUUCUCACCACGAUGGUGCACGUCCGCAGCCUGAUGCUUUUUUGCUUCGCCGCUUGCUGCCGGUCACGUCUGGUGCUUUGUUUCGUUUCCUCAGACCACUGCGGGCAUCCACAGCCAGUGUUGAGCAGUGACGUGGGCGAGAUCAGGAGUUCGGCUUAUCGUACGUACGCCUACCGUUUUGGUGCCACAAAUGAUUGCUGGACCAUCGAGGGUUCGACGGGGGAACCGGUCAUCCUCAGCUUCUCGCAGUUUUCGGUUCGGUGCAGGAAGGAGUGGCUGUCGGUCAAAUCGUCCGCCGGCGGCACGCCGCUCGUCCUGUGUGGCUCCAAAUUGCCGCCGCCGGUUGAAUUCCCGGGUGGAAACAUCACAGUGGUGCACCACUUCCUACCGCACAUCUACCCCGUGUCGUCGUUCCGCUUGAAUUACGCCAGAGAUUCCGACUCCGGCGAAUGCCCCGCCACGUCGUUCCGAUGCCCGCGAGGCCGCUGCCUGCCCCUCUCGUGGCGCUGCAACGGCCAGGCGGAGUGUCUCGGCGAAGGGGACGGCGCCGGCUCGGACGAGGAGGGCUGCCGCGGCGAGGGGACGCAGAAGGGCGGAGAAACGGCCGAGAGGAAUGGCGCCGGGGACUCGGCGGACCAAAGCGCUGAUGUGAAAAGCCCCAAAGGCGACAGGACAGAUGAGCUGCUGGCCUUGUUGAAGGCGAGAGAGGAGAACGAGCUCCACAGGGAUCCCGUGGUGACACCCGCUCCCGUCCAGUGGCCCUGCGGAGGACUUCUCCGGACCUUCUAUGGGACUUUUUCUCCUCCGGCUCUCCGGGGUUCCUCCCCUUUACUCUGCGUUUGGACCGUGGACCCGGACGACUCCCGACCCUUGAGGCUGGACCUGCAGCAGCUGGUGCUGGGCUCCGGGGACACGCUCACAGUGCACGAUAGAGCGCAAGGCAAAGGAGAUGUGAUUAAAAUUAUCACGAGCGCCUCCAAUUACAAAGGAGUCCAAGUGGAGUCCCACACGGGCCUGCUGUCGCUGACGUACCAGACGCUUCCCGGCUCGAAGGGAAGCGGCUUCAACGCCACCUUCCACGUCGGAAGCUACUGCCCCCCCUGGGAGGGCCGCUGCGGCGGCGCCUCGGGGGGCUGCUUCACCCAGGAGCGACACUGCGACGGCAAGUGGGAUUGCCCCGAGACCGGGAAGGACGAGGAGGGCUGCCGGGGCUGCGGCCGCGGCCAGUUCGCCUGCGGGGUCCCCGGCCAGAGGGCGGCGGCGGCGGUCGGCCGCUUCGCCGGCCGCCCCGUCUGUUAUCCGGUGAGCGAGCGCUGCAACUACCAGCUGUACUGUGCGGACGGCAGCGACGAGAGGGACUGCGCCGUGUGCCAGCCCGGAACCUUCCACUGCGACAGUGACAGGUGCGUGUUCGAGAACUGGCGCUGCGACGGCCAGGUGGACUGCAAGGACGGCACGGACGAGCUCAACUGCACCGUCGUCCUCCCGCGCAAGGUCAUCACGGCGGCCACGGUGGGCAGCCUGGUCUGCGGGCUGCUGCUGGUCAUCGCCAUGGGCUGCACCUGCAAGCUGUACUCGCUCCGGACCAGGGAGUACAGCAUGUUUGCACCGGUGAACCGACACGAGGCUCAGCUGAUCCAGCAGCAAGCCCCGCCCUCUUACGGGCAGCUGAUCGCACAAGGCAUCAUCCCCCCGGUGGAGGACUUCCCCACCGAAAACCCCAAUGAGACUUCGUCCUUGUCUCUGAGGGGAAUACUGCAACUCCUCCGCCAGGACGCCGUCACCUCGCCGCACCGGAGACGCAGGCCCCGAUUCGUUCGCCGCGCCGUCCGCCGCAUGAGGAGGUGGGGCCUGAUCCCCAGGCCGGCCUCCCGAGCUCCUCGGGCGGCCGGCGCCGGCCGGCGGCCACCCGACGCCGGUCCUCCGGAUCAGGAACCGCUUGGGAACGCUCCCGUCGGCUCUUCGUCUCCCGUGGAAGCCGUCAACCGCCCCGUGCCUCAGAAAGCGGGCCUGUCGUCUCAGACCCCGUCGUCGGCUUCCCCGCCUCCGCCUCCGCCCCCGCCCCCGUACGCUCCGCCCGCCGAGGCGCCCCAAACGCCCCCGGUGGCCAUCCUUCCCAGCAGCCCCUCUCUGGCCUCCCUCUUCCACACGCUGGGGCUAAGCCUGCCCUCGUUUCGAGCUUCGCCCUCGGCCUCUUCCGGCAACUCCAUGCCCCUCUCGGCCUCCUCCUCCUUCUCGUCGUCGUCGUCUUCCUCCGACGACGACGUGCUGCUCAUCCCGCUUUCGGAAGACGCCACCUCGGAGGACGACGUGCCCAUGCUCACUUGAAUCACCUGCGUGACUGGUGCCUUUUUUUGUUUGUUUUGUUUUUUUUUUUAAAGUUGUCGUUUAAUAGCUUUUAAAUUAUGAAAUCAAGUAUUUUACCAUUUGAUCGAGCAACUUGCGGAUGUUUUGGAGCAGUGUUCCCCAACCUUUAUAAAGCUAACAAAAUGAUUUCAAACUCACAGAAAAUAUUUUCAGAGCACCGAUCAGAAAUGGGAUCGUUUCCCUGGUCGGGAACCGCAGUUUUGGAGCCAAACGGUGGCUGACGUGUUUGUACGUGUUGCACUUCACGUUCACGUCUGGCCAGCUUUUUUUGCCCCCCAAAAAUCUUCCCGAACGAGGAAUGACGUGUACGCCUCCAUUUGUAGGGGUGGGGGGGUGGGGGUGCAUCCCCUAACCCCAUUUAAGUGCCUUUUUUUGAAGAAUGCUUCCCUGAAUUACUCGCCGCAUAGAACACGAACUGACGGCUCGCUGGCAAUAACCGUACGGAUGCGGGUUUUCGUGCCGCUUUCUUCAAACCCCCCCCCCCUUCCCCCUCCCUCACAAAGCGACUGUAUGGAAAUGUGUUUUUUAUGACGUGUGAGGGGAAACCCCCCCCCCCCCCGCUCCAAUUAAUUUUGACACUUGUGCCAUUCGGAUUAUUGCAAUUAGUUUUGUCGUUUUUUUUUGUGGAAUGUAUCCAAUAGCUCCGAGGUUUUUAACUUUGCAAUUCACUGAGAUGACUCAGAGAAAGUUUUAAGAUUGAGUCGGGUCAGUUUCACUGUACAUAAGUCCCCAAAAAAAAUGUGGCUGCGAUUAAAGGAUUUGCACUUUU